GCGACACAAGGUGGUCGGAGCGAGGGUGUAAGCGGCCGGCGCGGUGUUAAGGGGCCGCGCGCUCUGCAAGUCCAAUCGCACGAGGACGAUAAAGAGAGCGAGAGAUGGGACCCCGAGCGUAACGGCGCCCGCAGCAGCAGCAGCAGCGUGCGACCAAGUGAUGGGCACGGCAGUGCAGCAGCAUUCACGCCGAGCGCGCUGGGCGCGGAGCGCGCGCCACGUUGUGUAGCGGCGGCUGCGGCGAGGUGGCGGCGGCGCUGGAUGCUGCGUCUUCACCAGAACUGGACCAGGUCGCUGUACGCACAAUCUGUUAGAGGCGGCGUCGUCGUCGUCGCCUCAUCCGUUGACUACUACGUCCGCCGCAUCCACUGAGCCACCGCGCCUACCCCUCCCGCUCUCUCGCUCUGGAUAUCCUCCCUUAGAGAGGGAGACGAGGAGACCAGGGAGCAGAGAAGAUAACAAAAGAUACACGCUGCGGCCGUGACUAUACAAUGUGGCUGUUCUAUGUCACAGCCUGUCCUCAAAACAAAACUUCCCUCGAUUCUUGUUCCUUCAUUUAGUCCUUCUCUUUGUCCUCCUCCUUGGUAACUAUGGUUGUGUCGUCUACAGUGCCGCGUAGAUAGUUUGUGCUUAGCCUCGUCGUCUCUUGCUUGACGGAAUCUACUCAACUGUUUCCAGAAAGUGGCGAAAAACUUUCUUUAAAAAAAAAUUACUAGAUGAUGUGAGUUUGUUUUCCUUCUGUGCUUCUUCGCUGAGCAGCUGUGCUUCAGGAAACUUCAGUUCGCACUUCCCACAGUGCCACCGCGGCAACCCUCUGUUGUCGUGGUCAUCAGUAGGGGGAAUCAGAGAAGAGAGGACCAACUACGGAGGGAUUUUCAGGAUUUCUUUGAUUGCCAUCAACUGGUGAUGUGUGCAAAGGACGAAAAGAUUCCUUAAAAGUCGCGGAGAAUUACCUCCCCUACAUCUCCUGUCUACUGACGAAUUGACAAAAGUUCCAACGCCGACAACUCUUCCAACAUCGAAGGGAAAGUUCAGGAGGUUAAAUGUGAUGAAAACGUUUUUUUUUUUGUUUUCUUUGUGGAAGGAAGAAGUGGAUUUUUCAUUGAAGGUAUGGCUGAGAACUUAGCACCGCGUCCUCUAGUCCCAAGGGAAAAAACUCCUUAUCAUUUGUAAGUGGAAUAUUUCAUCAGCGUGUUGUUUCCUCCUCUCUCCUGAUCAGAAACUCUCUGGAUAUUUGGGAAGCCAUACGGUUACACCCGACUCGCGACGAAGCAGACGCGUUAAUGAGGCCUCCCGACUAGACCUCGAAAUAAUCCUCGUCGUCCACGUCGACAUCUCAUCAGUUCAUCAGCUUAGAAGCUUGGCUUCGUGUUCCUCCUUUCUGCUUUACAUCCCGUUUGUGACCAGAGUCUUCGCUUACCCCACACCUCUGGAGGUUAAAAAAGAAAAAAAAACCUGACUGACCAGCUGUUGAUUCUUUCUUUGACGCACGUGGCGUCAGGUGUAAGUGAGUGCAGGUGAGUUACUGGACACACGAGAGACUUACGGAGGUGGUCAUGGAAAUUCUGUCCUGCUUCCAUCCCACCAGGACGGCGAUGUAGUGGUCACUAAACUCAGGUUUGUGAUUAUCCUCCAGUCUCCAUACAUUUUUUCUGUAACCAUUGCUUUAACACUUUCCAAGAGGAAACUUUUUUUCUUUUUAAAUCAGUUUAUUUUAAUUCGAAAGAAAGCGUUCUCAUCAAAAACUAAAAACAAACUCGUCAGUGUAAAAAGGGAACAAACACGAGCCUAACGGCAAGAACAGACAGCCCAGCAACGAUUUUUCGAUCUAAAGCACUUUUCAAAAUCAAACGUCAAGGAAAACAAAAUAAGAUACCACCACCACCACCACCACCGGAUUGACGCAAAGUGGGAAGGUUAAUAAACUGUUGCUGACGUUUUCAACUCCAAAGUCGAUGCAACAGACAAGACGUCUUCGCCAGGCACCACCACCACCACCACCACCACCGCCACCACACCUCCCUUCAGUGACGUCAUGGUGAGAAAAACUGCUGCUACCAUUUGUUAGUAUUCUUUUUUUUUUUAAAGGAGAGCAGGGAGGUAGGAGCUAGAGCUGAUAAGCGGGCAUGAGGAGGAGGAGGAGGCUGAGGAAAGCGGGGCGCACGGGCGGCUGAGCCAGCGUGCGCGCACCGCGUAUCGAACACACAACAUGGUUGCAAGCGCUGUGACAAUUUUGCCUCUGCACAGGAGGACGAUUUGAUUGUUUCAUCUCACCGCGGCAAACACACCCGCCAGCUCCGGCGCUCCAUUUGGUGAACAAAGACAGACUUGCAUAUAUAUAUAUCUCUCUCUGCUUCCUCUCCGAGGCGUAUUUAUAUUCCCCAACUCUUUUUGUCACCCGGCACAUGCGCGUGAGGGAGUUUAUCAGGAGCGAGCACUCUUGCAGGACGGUUGCCUUUUCUGAGUUCGACAAUGUUGGUCGACUUUGCCAGCUUCGUCUUCGCUCCCGUCGCCUAUGUUGAUGCUUCUGCUGUUGUUGCUGGUCUCGUGAGCGACGAAGCACUUGCCUCACCUGCUGAAGUCCUCCGGUUUCGCCCCAUCCUAGCAGCGUCGGUGGUCGCUGGGACUGAUCUUACCUUGCUGAAGCUGAGCCGGAGUUAACCUCUCCUGUUCAACUCUCGACGAGUGGUGAGGAUAAUGCGUGGCUGGUUUCACGUUUUCACACUUUGACAUUUUUAGCGAUUAUGUGUAUAUACAUAAACCAAGAGUUUUCUUGCUAAUAGCUUGACUUAAUCAACGAUAAUAGGACGAUGGCGAACGACACAGAUUUCCACAUCACCUUCUACAUCGAGAAGAACACCACCAGUUCCUUCUACAUCAACGUGUCGCUAAACACCUCGUCGGAGGCGCCGCCCGUGCAGGAAUCUGCGAUCCGGCAGUUCGGACAGUCGUACCAGCGGGUGCACGGGUACCUGUCGGUGAUGGUGUGCAUCUUCGGCAUCGUGUCCAACCUCCUCAACAUCAUCGUGCUCACACGGCGGCACAUGAGCUCGCCCACCAACUUUAUCCUGACGGCUCUGGCCAUCGCCGACACGCUGACGAUGAGUACAUACCCGAUCUUCGCCAUCUACAUGUACAUCGUCUCCACCCCGGAUUGCAGCCAGAACCACCCGGCAGGCUGGCAGUACUUCAUCAUAUUCCAUAACCUCUUCAUCGUCACCUGCCACAACAUGGCCAUGUGGCUGACCGUGGCGUUGGCGGUCUUUCGCUACAUCUUCGUGUGCCAGCACACCCGCGCGUCCGUCUGGUGCUCGAUGGGGCGCGCCCGUCUGACCGUGCUGGUCGUGGUGGUGGCCACCAUCAUCAGCUGCAUCCCCAACUACUUCGCUUACACGGUCAUGGAGUCCGUGGACAACUCGACCAACCAGACGCAAUAUUGUAUCGGGCCGAGCGACUUGGCGAGGGACAACCCCAUGUACGCGCAGUUCGUGCGAUGGCUCUUCGGGGUUGUCAUCAAGAUCCUCCCCUGCAUCAUGAUGGCCUUCCUCAGCACCCUCCUUAUCAUCGCCAUGCAGCAGGCUAAGAAGCGGCGUGCACGCCUCCUGAACAAGGUCUCUCGCAUCGUGGAUCACGACCACCAGUCCAGUGAGCACAACCGCACCACGAUGAUGCUCGUCGGCGUGGUCAUCUGCUUCAUUGUCACGGAGAUCCCUCAAGGUGUCCUCGCCUGGAUCAGCGCCGUGGACGAUCAAUUCUGGGAGGACGUCUACCUACACCUUGGUGACCUCAUGGACAUUCUUGUGCUAGUCAACAGCGCCUUCAACUUCAUCCUCUACUGCAUCAUGAGCCAGCAGUUUCGGAACACCUUCAAGAACCUGUUCAUCUGCAACGUGACGACCUCCCGCAAGAUCAACAAAUCGAACGGUGCAGAGUACAGCAUUGUUAGGACAGAGACAACAAACGUUUGAUGAUCCAUCUUGUUCCCCUUUACCACACACACUUUGCCGGCAUCUUCCACUUCUAAAUGGCUGUUCUCACACUACAGCAGACUAGUUGAUGUCAAAGCUUGCUUUCCAUGCGCCAGGCCAUGUUGUUUAACGAAGCUUUAUCGUGACUCACGGUCGUCCCUGAGCCCUGUCGGGAGGAGGAGGCAGUUGCUCAAAGGAUUAACACAGGCUCGCAUCUGUCUGACCGCGCCAUGUGGCGCACGAGACAUGCCAAGUCCUAAUGACAACUACCACCAGCAUGUCACUACAACAAACCAACAUGGCCAGCUCGAAGGCCGAAAACGGAUCACUGUUGGUAGGAUAGUUACACUCAGUGGCUUUAACAUUCAAGUUAGCCAUGUUGAAGACAAAAGUCUACAAUCGGUUCAAGAAUUUCUUUUGCAUAUGGAUUUCUUGUAUUACUUCCGCUAUGUCGCUUCUAAGCCUAACAUUUCGGGUGAGAGGCUAACGGACUAUGUAAAAUAUUUGUUUGUGAGAUCCGCUAGCCUGGGACAUUAACCAUUCGAUGGUGAGGGUGGGAUGGGGGUGUGGUCGAGUUUAAAGAUGUUUUUCAGGGUGAUUCCUGUGAAGGAUGUCAUAAAACCCAACAAUCCAAAGACAUUUUAUUGCUCUUGUGAUUUUCCAGUAUUGCUCAUUUGUGCUGACGUAAGCGUUCGAUUUUUUUUUUUUUUUUUGUGGAAGGGAAAACGGGUCGAGGAGACGAGGAUGUUUAGAAACGAGAAUUUUUCGAACGGAAGAUGAUACCACUGCGGCCAUAUUCAGUGUUCACACAGAGAGAAUAAAUGGCUUCAGUGUAUGACCGUUUGUAACCGAACCUGCAGUUUCUUUGUUUCUUUGUCUUACUGACACUCGUAAUGGCCAUCGAUGUCUUUGUGUUGUUGAACGCCUGUUUCGUUCUUACCAUUCGCGGUGGUCCGAAGACACUGCCCUGCAACUUUCUCCACAAAGGAUAUUUGUGCACGAAGGACACUGACCAGCAACUGUCUCUCCUGAAAGGAUUGUGUGUGCCAACAAAGGACACUGUCCUGCCGCCGUCUGUCUGCACAACGGAUACCUGCGCCAGCGACGAGGCCAGCAUCCAAGCUCGAUGACGAAAGCAGUAAGUUGUUGCAGUGACUGAUGUUAGUCGGACAAUCACGCCGAUGUUAUGAAUGUGUGUGCAGUGCUGGAGCUGGCAAACCCACCGCAGGCCAUGGGUCUGUCUACUCGGGUGGUUUCCCACCAGCCACGGUCUUGUUGUGGCUCCAUCUGGUGUGCGAAUGGAGAGAAGAUGAGGUAACUCGUGUGCAGCGUAUUCUGAGAUCGAAAAUCAAUGUGAAGAGAACUGCACCCGUGCCACACCUUGGUGAUCCAACAGGAAAUAUACUGGUAUUCCUUAAGCCUUGUUUUCCAAUGAUUUACGCUUUCUCCAUGCCACCUUUCCAUGUCUUUUUUUUUUAAUCUGUAUAAAUUGUUAUCGGUUGGUUUCCAUCUGCUACCUUGUUUUUAACCCACAACUUUGAAAAGACCAAACAAUGUGUGGAUGUUGUUAUCAUCUCUGCCAAACAGGUAAGACAAAGAAGCUGGCAUUAAGUAAGCAAAGGGUCGCUAAUCCAUCUGUUACUUUAAUCCCACCUGGCUAGGUACAGCUGUCACCAGCCUCAUAACGACCUGUAGGAGAGUAUAAAUGUGAGACAUCUGCUCACAGAGACAGAAGAAAGUGGGUAGCCAUCACACGGUUUCAGUUACCCGUUUCCAGUAGGACCCAAGCUGUCGGAGCCUUGGUUUCUUUGUUGUCUGCUUCGUAGGAUCUCGUGUGCCCGUACUGCAAGUCCGCAUUUCUUCCAACCUUCAUCGUCUGUCGAUGACAGUCAGAUGUCAGAGUAAAGAAGGUUAGUUGGCAAGCAUGUCAAACAAACCUCUGCCUUUCAUCGUCUUCUCCUUUAUCAUCAAAUGUUGAAUGACCGACAGACGGGACUAGUAUAGGUAGGUAGGCGCAGACGAUAAAACUAACCCAUGAGAGCAUCGCUGAGGUUGACUAAAAAAACUUCGAUGAGAAAGGAAAGGAGUUGUGGGUGGAUGGGUGGGUACAAGAGGAAAAAAUAAGAAAUCACUUCGUAUGUUUAUUGUCGAUAUCACGACACAACAAACAGUUUCUUUGACCUGAUGUCGAGAUAACAACAAACCCAACACUUCCUUUAAAAUUCCGCGAACAUAGAUAUGUAUGAAUAGUACCUGUUGAGAGACAGAGAGAAAGAGAUAAAAAGUGUGUGUGUCAAUGAAUGUGAGAGAGAAGGAAUGACGGAAGCAGAGUGUAAACAAAUGAACCCGAGCUGAGCGAGCAAAUAAAAUUAAGUGCAAAUAAAAGAAAACUCAGUUACAGCAGGAAACUAAGUUAAAACCGUUGCCGUGUAAUUUCUAGACCCGAACUUAUUAACCUGCUGCCUGAGGAACCCAUCCUUCUCCAGCCGUCCUGACCAUUUCUGUUGCUACCAGUGCACGGACACACACACGGAGGAUAGCUAUCCCUGGUUUUAUGGGGAACAGGCUCUUCCCCAAUCUCAAGGUUGUGUGGCCAAGAGGACAUAAACUCAUUUUAGUACACAGCCUUCACACUUCCUGUCUGCGUUUAACACCUUUUUCUUCAAAUGUUUCAGCAAAUGGCUUUGCUCCAACCUAUAUACCAUCCAUUUGUUUACGAGGCAGGACUAAGUGUAGCUGCCAUGCCACGGCCAUUUUAAUGUGAUUCUGGACAAUAUUCAUGCCCCGGGUCUCGAGCCUGUGCAUGAUGAACGCCCCACUUUGUCUGUGUUGUAUGUUCGCCGUGAGAAACCGCUGUUACUUAUGGCUUCACACGGAUCUGAUCAUUGUCAGCCAAGCUUGAAAUUGGAUAAGAAUGCAUGCGCAGUAAAGAUGUAAGCCAUUGCCCGCUCGUGAUACGUUUACACACCAUCCUCUUCUCCAAUACCCGACUUUCACACUGAGAUUAUCACGAUGAUCAGUUGAGGGAAGAAACUGUUAUGCCAGAAGGGAAAAAUCCACUAGACAGAUUCCAUCUUGUUUUCUGGAAUUAUUUAAUGAUAGUACGUGUGGGAAAAGAGUGAAUAUUAUCAUUUGUUUUAUAAUAUCAGCGUAGAGUGAGAGUGUGUGUGGAAGUCAUUUUUUUUUUCAAUAUUGCCUGAUUCAUAAAGCCUGUGAUCUGCGAA